AUGUCUGCUGAAAAUAAACAGUUAUCAGGAGCAUCACCUCCUCACCCUCCCACAACUCCCCAAUGUUCCACACAGACCUUACCUUCAGAGAAAGAGGAUACUGAAGUAGAACUAGAUGAGGAAAGUCUACAGGAUGAAUCUCCAGUUUCUUCAGAGGGAGAGUCUGGGGAGGACAAAGAGUAUCUGGAGGAAGAAGAGGACCUGGAAGAGGAAGAGGAUCUGGUGAAGGAAGAAUACUUGAAGGAGGAAGAGCAUCUGGGGAAGGAAGAGCAUCUGGAGGAGGAAGAGUAUUUGGGGAAGGAAGGGUAUCUGGAGGAGGAAGAGUAUAUUGAGGAGGAAGAGUAUCUGGGGAAGGAAGGGUAUCUGCAGGAGGAAGAGUAUCUGGAGAAGAAAGAGCAUCUGGAGGAGGAAGAGUAUCUGGGGAAGGAAGGGUAUCUGGAGAAGGAGGGGUAUCUGGAGAAGGAAGAGUAUAUUGAGGAGGAAGAUUAUCUGGGGAAGAAAGGGUAUCUGGAGGAGGAAGAGUAUCUGGGGAAGGAAUGGUAUCUAGAAGAGGAAAAGGCUCUGGAAAAGGAAGAGAUUCUGGAGGAGGAAGAAGCUCUGGAGGAGGAAGAGAAUCUGGAUGGAAAAGAAAAUCUGUAUAAAAAGUAUCUGAAGGAAGAACCCAAGGCAAGUUAUUCAUCACAAACCAUGCUUCUUCGUGAUGCAAGGAGCCCAGACGCUGGCCCCUCUCAAGCGACCAACUUCUUGACUGUCCCGUUGAUUUCCAUGACCCCUUCUGCCACCUCUGAAUCUGCCACAGAGUCUUCUGAGUCGCUUCUGACAUUGUACAGGAGGAGCCAGGCCAGUCAAACGGACUGGCACUAUGGCGGAACUGCCGUAAAAUCUUUAAAAUCGAAAUCAGAAACAGAACAAGAAAGCACCACGAAGCCUGCUCCGAAAGAGUGUGUUAACAUGAAAGUACAGCAAAAAGAGGAAGAAAAUGUCAUGGAGUUUGCUUCUAAAGAGAACUUUUGGGCUGGUAUAACAGAUGAGUCCAUUGACAAGCUGGAAGCGGAGGACUUAGAUGAACACUUUUUGAACAGCUCCUAUCAGACAGUAUUUAAAACAAUAAUCAAAGAAAUGGCUGCUCGCAAUGAACUGGAAGAGGAUUUUGACAUUCCCCUAACUAGGCUACUGGAAAGUGAAAACAGAUGGAAACUGUUAAUUAUGUUGAAGAAAAAUUACGAAAAGUUCAAGGAAACAAUCUUAUGGAUUAAGAGGAGACGUGAAGCUCAAAAGGUAACAGAGAUGACCACUUUCACAUUUCGUUUAAUGACCGAACCAACACCUGAGAAGCAUGAGACAAAAAAAGUCCAAAAGCCUCAACGUGUUGUUCGUCGUAGGAAGAAAUUAGAACGAGAUAAGGAAUGGAUACAGAAGAAGACAGUGGUGCAUCAAGGUGAUGGAAAAUUAAUUCUCUACCCCAACAAGAAUGUCUAUCAAGUUCUCUUUCCUGAUGGGACAGGCCAGAUACAUUAUCCAUCAGGAAACCUGGCUAUGCUCAUCUUAUAUGUGAAAAUGAAAAAGUUCACAUACAUCAUUCUGGAAGACAGUCUAGAAGGGUGGAUCCGGGCCCUUAUCAACAACUCAGGCAAUGCUACCUUCUAUGAUGAAAAUAGUGACAUCCGGUUGAACCUGAGCUCCAACCUGGGCUACUACUUCCCCAAAGACAAACAUCAGAAGGCCUGGAACUGGUGGAAUCUGAACAUCCAUGUCCACGCACCCCCUCUCCAGCCCAUCUCCUUGAAAAUCAAUGAGUACAUCCAGGUACAAAUAAGGAGCCAGGAUAAGAUCAUCUUCUGCUUCACCUAUGAACAGAAGCGGAUUUGUUUAAACCUGGGCACCAGGUACAAGUUUGUGAUCCCGGAGGUGCUCAGUGAAAUGCAGAAGAAAACCAUCCUGGAGGCAGAGCCCGGCCCAACAGCCUGCAAGAUCCGGGUCCUUCUGGGGAAAAUGAACAGGCUCCUGAAUUACGUGACCAUCCCUGAUCUGGAAAACUUCACAGAGGCGGUCAGUACAUCACUGACGGACAACAAGUACCUGAGGAAGAUGUUCUCUCAACUCUGGUUUUAG